UUGACCAUCCAGCGGCCCAAACUUGCGCCACCGUCUAACCAUAUAUAAUCCCAAACCCUAAUUCCUUUCUCUUCCUCUCUCCAGCUCCUGCUUCUGCAAUUCAUUUGCAGCAGGACGGCCCCCCCUCUCUCUCUCUCUCUAGUUUGUCAUGCCUUCUCUCGCUGUAUCUGAGCCUCAGAAGAAGCAUAAGAUGAAGAUCGACUCGAACGGUGAAACCCUAGAAUUCGACCUUUCCUCUGUUAAGAAGAUCAAGAAGGAGAAGAAACUGAAGAAGUCGAAGGUCUCCGAGUCUGAUUCCGAAGAAUUGAACUUCACUGAGAAGAAGAGCAAGAAGAAAGAUAAGAAGCGCAAGGCUUCGGAGGUUGACGAGGAUAGCGACGAGCAGAAGAGCGAGACGAGCUCCGAAUUAGGCGCGCCGAUGAAUUUGAAGUCUGUCGGUGAGUCGGUGAAGAAGAAGAAGAUGAAGUUGGAGGAGAUUGAUCAUGAGGAGGUGGAGAAAGAUGGUGGUGUUAGUGAAGAUGAAAAUCCGAAUGCUUUGUCGAAUUUUAGAAUUUCUCCGCAGUUGGUAGAUAUGCUGAAAUCGAAGGGUAUUGAAUCGUUGUUUCCUAUUCAGUCUAUGACUUUUGAUGUUGUUCUUGAUGGGGCCGAUUUGGUUGGUCGAGCACGUACUGGUCAGGGUAAAACAUUGGCCUUUGUGUUGCCCAUAUUGGAAUCUUUAACAAAUGGUCCUUCAAAAGCAGCACGGAAGACUGGAUAUGGGAGGGUUCCAAGUGUUCUUGUACUUCUACCAACUAGGGAAUUGGCCACUCAGGUGUUUGCUGACUUUGAAGUUUAUGGUGGGGCAUUGGGGCUGCAAUCAUGUUGUUUAUAUGGAGGAGCUCCCUACCAAAGUCAACAGGUUAAAUUGAAGAGGGGGGUUGAUAUAGUUGUAGGAACUCCAGGCCGCAUUAAGGAUCACAUAGAGAGGGGAAACAUUGAUUUGAGCUCAUUGAAGUUCCGUGUCCUUGAUGAAGCUGAUGAAAUGCUUCGGAUGGGUUUUGUUGAAGAUGUUGAACUUAUUCUGGGCAAGGUGGAGGACGCAAACAAAGUUCAAACGCUUCUAUUCAGUGCUACUUUGCCAUCUUGGGUGAAGCAGAUUUCUUCUAGGUUUCUUAAACCUGAUAAAAGAACUGUUGAUCUUGUUGGUAAUGAAAAAAUGAAGGCUAGUAUCAAUGUGAGGCAUAUAAUUAUUCCCUGCUCUAGUUCAGCCAGAGCCCAGCUUAUUCCUGAUAUUAUUCGCUGUUAUAGCAGUGGAGGGCGCACUAUUAUUUUCACCGAGACAAAGGAUUCUGCUUCUGGACUUGCUGGCAUAUUGCCUGGAGCACGUGCUUUGCAUGGGGACAUACAGCAAGCUCAGCGUGAGGUCACGCUUUCUGGAUUUAGAUCAGGCAAGUUCUUGACAUUAGUGGCCACAAAUGUGGCAGCAAGGGGAUUAGACAUCAAUGAUGUCCAGUUAAUCAUCCAGUGUGAACCUCCACGUGAUGUAGAAGCAUAUAUUCAUCGAUCUGGACGGACUGGGAGAGCUGGAAAUACGGGGGUUGCUGUGAUGCUUUAUGAUCCAAGAAGGUCAAAUAUUUCUAAGAUAGAAAGAGAAUCUGGUGUAAAAUUUGAGCACAUAGCUGCACCUCAGCCAGCUGAUAUUGCCAAAGCUGCUGGUUCAACAGCAGCAGAAACUAUCUCAAAAGUGUCUGAUGGUGUCAUUCCCAUCUUCAAAUCUGCUGCUGAGGAGCUACUGAGUACCUCUGGUCUGUCACCGGUAGAUCUGCUUGCAAAAGCACUUGCCAAGACAGCUGGUUAUACUGAGAUUACUAGUAGAUCACUCCUCACUUCCAUGGAGAACCAUGUCACUGUACUUUUGGAGGCUGGAAGGCCCAUCUACACGCUUUCCUUUGCUUAUGGGGUCUUGAGGAGGUUUUUACCUGAGGAGAAGGUGGAGGAAGUGAAGGGUAUUGCUUUAACAGCUGAUGGAAAGGGGGCUGUAUUUGAUGUUCCUACUGAAGAUUUGGAUACAUUUCUUGCAGGCCAGGAAAAUGCAGCUGGUGUGAGCUUAGAGGUGGUGAAAACACUGCCUGCCUUGCAAGAGAGAGAACAGUCAAGAGGGGGAAGAUUUGGCGGUGGUGGGUUUUCAGGAGGAAGGGGUGGGAGAGGUGGCAAUUUCUCUGGCCGAAGAAAUGAUAGAUUUGGAGGGAGAGGAGGUCGUGGUGGCAAAAGCAAAUGGUGAAAGAUCUCUGAAAUUGUCACAACUUACUGCUGACGGAAGAGAAGAUGUGUUGGUUUGAUGUUGCAGCGAAAUUUUUUUGUGAUAAUGAAGAAAAUAGAAAAAUUUAUUCUUCAGCUGUUAUUAAGGAGAAUCAAAUCAGCUGAAACUAUAGGAAUUUUGUCUCAUUCAUGUGUUCUACUCUCUAUUUUAAUAUUUUAAAUUUUGUCUGGGGUUUUUCCAAUGUGGCACCCCGUUUUUGUUUUAAAAAAAAAUUGCUGCAAAUGAGAGAGAUUACGGGUCGAGGAUGUACUCUUGUUUCUUGGGCAAAUGUGUAGUCUGAAGUUAUAUUUAUUUAGUGGCUUUGUAUAUGGCUCUUGACUCUAGGACAUGCAUGCAUCUCAUGUUUGUGAGAGCUAUUUAUCUGCCUAUUAGCUCUUAAAUUGAUGGUAUUAGAUUGAACUAUUAUAUC